AUGUCCGACAUUUCCACCCAAAUCCAUUGCAGGGAGAACAUUGUGGAUCGGUCGAGUGAAGGACCGCUUCUUGGCACAAUGCAAGCCUUUUGGGCGAUGGUUAUCCAGGAGAAAUCCGAAUACGUUCUGAUGCUGUGUAAUACCGUUGAAUGCGGCGAUAAAAACAAAUGCGAACAGUACUGGCCGCAUGAAGUCGGCGACGUGAUGACGUUUGGAGAGGAUAACGAAGGAAAAAAAUUUUUAAACUUCUCCAAACUCAAGCUGGACUAUAAAGAAGCUGGAAAAGAUGUUUCGAAAGUUAUCCAACAUUUCCAAUGGGAAAACUGGCCAGAUCGGGGUGUUCCUGCAACAAAGUUCACAGCGAUUAACCUCCUCCAUAGAGUUCGUGACUCGACUGCUCCAGUCAUUGUGCAUUGCUCAGCAGGUAUUGGCAGAACAGGAACAAUCGUAGCCAUUUCUUAUGUGACAGAGAAAAUGCAGAACGGGGAAGAUUGUGUGGCUAUGAGCGAUUUACUGAAGGAAAUCCGUACUCAGCGGCCAUUUUCGAUACAAAAUGAAUUCCAAUACUUGUACGUUCAUCGAGUACUACUGGCUUACUUUUUGGAGAAAUAUCGGAGUCGAUUUGAACAUAUACUCGAAAAUGGAGGUGAGGAGAAAUAUCGCCAGUGGUGUGCCGACUACAAGCAAGCAACUGGAUGUGACUAA